AUGGCUACCCCUAGUGUCCUCGCUUUUGACGCCGAGGAUCGAGCCAUUGACUUUGACGUCUGGGUAAAUGACCUGCAGCUAUUCUUACAGUGCGAUAGGGCAGACGGUCUCUCCCUCUUUGACCUCACCUCUGGUGCCUCUCCUGCUCCUACUACUGAUGCUGACGCCACUGUUCGCUCACAGUGGGCCACGCGCGAUGCUGCUGCACGUCUUGCUGUGCGUCGCCACCUCCCUACCUCUGAGCAUGCGCACUUUAGUCAGUACAAGAGUGCUCAGACCUUGUACGACGCUGUUGUUGCACGCUACUCCUCCCCUGCCAUUGCUGCACUGAGCCUCACCCGCCUCCCUGACUCCCUUCGCGUAGUCAGGGACCACUUCCUCUCGGUCUGUCCCACCACUCUCACUGUUGACCUCCUCGAGAAGUCCCUUUUAGCGGCCGAGAAGAGCAUAGUCGCUGUAGGGGCCUCUCGUGGUGACCCGCGCACCCCCAUCUUUGAGGGGUGUUCCCCCUCCCCCCUUCUGCCCUCUGUUGCCUCUGCUGCUGCGGCCGACCUCCUUGGUCUUGAGUCGGUCGGUGCGGCGUCUGCCCCUAGCGGGAGACGCGGCUCUGGCAAGGGCAAGGGGGGCAGGGGCACUGGAGGAGUGAGCGGGGGCGCUGGAGGUGGAGGUGGAGGCGGCGGGGGGAGUGGGGGUGGCGGUGGGAGUGGAGGUGGGGGUGGAGGUGUCGGUGGCGGCAGUGGAGGCGGAGGCGGCGGCGGCGGUGGUGGUGGGAGCGGAGGAGGCGGAGGUGGUGGCGGUGGAGGAGGCGGCGGAGGCGGGGGUAGUAGCGGAGGCGGCGGAGGCGGCGGAGGCGGCGGGGGUGGCGGUGGAGCUGGUCGCGGGUCUACGCAGAGGAGUGGCUCCGGUGGUGGUCCACGCCAGCAGCAGCAGCGCGAUCGUGAGACCCUGUCCCCUCAGCAGCUCCGUGAGUGGUACACUGCACGCCAGCGGGGUGGGGGUUUUUGUCCGUGCACCUACGUCCUUCGCACCGGCGACCGUGCGGGUGAGCAAUGUGGGGGUGCGCACCCCACCCAGCGCUACUUUGGCCGCCUGACGGACGCGUGGCGUCACCAGUUCCCGGAGGCCAUAGAGAUCCCUCGCUGGGGCGAGCUGUCUAGGGCGGGAGUUACCAUCUAUAAUCUUGAUUUUGAUGCUAUCCUUUCUGCCAUGUAUGCUGUGUCUAUUAGUGAUGAGGGUGACUAUUACCGGUGUUUCCUGCCCGAUCCGGGCAUUGAGACUGCUGCUGUAGGUACUGGUGAGGCUGCUGCCCUAGGUGCUUACGCCGCUGCUGCUCUAGGUGCUAGUGCGUCUGCGUCCUCAGGUACUGGUGAGUCUGCGCUCUCAGGUACUGCGUCGGCUUUGGCCUCCCUCACCUUCACCCUUGACUCUGGGGCUUCUCGCUCCUUCUUCCGAGACCGCACCACACUCACGCCGCUUAGUCGGCCGGUUGCGGUGUCUCCGGCUGACCCCUCUGGGGGUCCUAUCCUGUCUCACUUCUCCACAGUCCUCCCGUGUCCGGCGGCUCCCUCUGGCACCCUUUCUGGCCUAUACCUCCUCUCGUUCUCUACGAACCUGGGGCGCCAGCGGGCUGCCCCUCAUUCCUCCCAGUUUCCUCCAAGAGAGGCCCCGCUGCAGACACUUCACAUGGACGUGUGGGGCCCAGCCCGCGUCCGUGGACAGGGUCACGAGCGCCACUUCAUGCUCGUUGUUGACGACUACUCGCAUUACACCGCGGUCUUCCCCUUGCACAGCAAGGGUGAUGUCACUGAGGUACUGAUCGACUGGAUCCGCGCAGCUCCUCUCCAGCUCAGGCAGAGCUUUGGCUCGGACUUUCUUUUUCUGCGUCUGCACUCGGACAGAGGCGGAGAGUUUUCCUCUGGCCUUCUGCGAGCCUACUGUCACGCACGAGGCAUCCGUCAGACCUUCACGCGUCCUGACUCCCCGCAGCAAAAUGGGAUUGCUGAGCGCCGCAUUGGCAUGGUCAUGGACGUCGCUCGUACGUCUAUGAUGCAUGCGGCUGCUCCCCAUUUUCUGUGGCCGUUUGCGGUGAGGUACGCGGCGCAUCAGAUCAACCUACACCCCUGGGUCUCUAGGCCGGAGACCUCCCCAGCCUUGCUGUGGACGGGGAAGGUUGGCGAUGCGUCGGCGUUCCGGGUCUCGGGAUCUCGGGCGUUUGUCCACGACUUGUCGGCAGACAAGCUGUCCCCUCGUGCUGCUCCUUGCGUCAUCCUGGGGUUCCCCCCUGACGCGCCUGGGUGGCAGUUCUACCACCCCACCUCUCGCCGUCCCCCUCCGGUAGACCCCCUCCCCCCUCAGGGUCCUGCCCCUUCAGGUGUGUCCCAGGUAGACGCAGUCGAGCCUGUCGAGUUUACUGGUGACUCUGGUGCUGCUGAGGGUACUAAGCCUGGAGGUGCUGAGAUUGGGGGUGGUGAGCCUUGGGGUGCUGAGCCUGGGAGUCCUAAGCCUGGGGGUGCUGAGCCUGGGGGUGCUGAGCCUGGGGGUGCUGAGCGUGGGGGUGCUAUGCGUUGGGGUGCUACGCCUGGGGGUGCUUUGCCUGGGAGUGCUACAGAUGGGGGUGCUGAGCCUAGGGGUGCUGAGCUUGGAGUUGCUACGCCUGGAGGUUCUCCGGUUGCUUCGUCUCUGCGGGAGCCACUCUCUCUACAGGAGCUGCGCGAGUGGUUUGCCCGGCGCUCGAGCCGUGCUGCUGGUGCUGGAGGUUCGACUGGAGCUGGUGCUGCUAAGGGUGUUGGCGCUGAGACUACCGCUGGUGGUCCUGCUGGGGGUCCUCGUGGUGCUGCUGGAGGUUCUGGAGCUACUGGAGGUGCUGCUGGAGCGGGUGCUCCUGCUCGAGGUACUGGUGCUGUCCCUGCUGUGUCUGGCGUCGCCACGCGGCCUCGACUGUACUUUGUUCCACUCCUGCAGUAG